AUGGAGAUAAUUCCAGGUCUUCCAGAUGACAUUAGCAGAGAGUGUUUGCUGAGGGUGUCACUAACCUCACACUACAAACUGGCCUGUGUUUGUAAAACUUGGAAAGAAAUUGUAUACAACCCCAUCUUCUAUCAAGACAGAAAGAGGUUUGGUCUGUCUCAGGAGUUGAUCAUUCUACCCUGCUGGGGCGGAAAAACAAAAAAAGGUUGCAGAAUAAAGCUUUACGACCCUCUUGAAAGAUCAUGUGAAACCCUACCGCCAUUUCCCCCUGAAUUUCCAUAUUUUUCAGGUUGCUUCAACUGUGUUCCCUUCAACCACAAAUUGUUCGUCAUGGGCCUUCUUAGCGACUCGCCAGAGUUCACAAAUCAUAAAGCACUUAUCAUCUACGAUUUUUCUUCUGGGACAUGGAAUCGAGGCCUCGACCUUCCUGACUGCAGAGUUGAUUUCUGUUGUUCGGUGGACUCAGCUAAAGGAUUGCUUUACAUUGCUGGAGGAUGUAACAGUGAUGAGGAUGAGGAUUAUGAUGAUGGAUUGCGCACAGCCGCAGUUUAUGAUGUAGAGGAAGAGAAAUGGGAGUAUCUUCCGCCCAUGAUUUGGAGCGAAUAUAAGUGCCACAGUGUGUUUACUGAUGACAAGUUCUAUGUGAUGAGCCAUGUGGAAGGGCAUAUACAGGCCUAUGAUCCCAACACACGACAAUGGAGCGCAAUAAGCACUUGCUAUGAAGGCAGUAUGCAACCUUCUUUUGCUGCGUUCGGGCGGAUUUAUUACGAUUGCGAUGGGGAGAUUAUAGAAUGGGAUUAUGUGGAUAACCAAUUCCGCCUGGCAGGAACGCUUGUUCCUCAACUCUACAGAUUUAUAGGUGGCGUAAUGUGGAAUCAACAGAUAUUAAUGGUUGGAUUCAAUACAGAAAAUGCUAUGGCCUUUUAUCUGUUUGAGCCUUCAAUACCAAGAGAAGGAGGAAAAGAAGACAACUGGACUCUCAUCAGUACAUUAUCUGCAACAGAGCUCCCAGAUCCAGUCGCUACUAUUGGGGCUUUGACUUUCUCUGGGUAAAGAAGACAACUGGACUCUCAUCAGCACAUUGUCUGCAACAGAGCUCCCAGAUCCAGUCGCUACAAUUCCUGUGAUUGAAAGGCAUUUAAGUGUUGUAAUGAUUUCGGAACCUUCAUAAAGUGAAAAAACUGUCUACUGUUGUGAUUGUAAAAAAUCAGUGUUCAUGAUUUCUAUCUUUAAA